UCCUAGGAUUUAUCUGUUCUUCCACACGGACUGUUUUCAGAGAGGCAGUCAGAGCUGAAGAGGAAACAGCUGAGACUUUUCAGCACAACUUCGCAGCCAGCCUCUCUCUUCAAUAUCAUGGGGGAAAGCUGGCAAUGUGGAAAAAAUGUCGUCCUUCUCCUUCUCCUGUCUGUCCUUCUCAGGACCACCGUAGCUGUUACUGAGCGCGAAAUGCAAUAUGUGGCGGUGGUACCCAGCAUAAUCUACAUGGAGACCCCUGAGAACUUCUGCAUCCAGAUAAACAAUCUGAAGGAAACAGUCAAUUUGACUCUCAUGCUGGACCAAGAUUUGUUCCUGAAUAAAAUGACGAUAAAAGAAAAAGAUGCAUUUCAAUGUGUUCCUUUCCAGAUUCCCAGGUCGAGCAACAUUUUGCCAUCAACUGAAGUCAUUCUCAGCUUGAGAGCACAGGGGUUGACCCAACAUUUCUCGGACUUCAAAAAAGUGCGGAUUGAGAAACCAAAGCAUCUGGUUUUCAUCCAGACAGACAAACCAAUCUACAGAGCAGGACAGAAAGUUCAGUUUCGCAUCGUCUCUAUGGAUAAAGAUUUACGCCCUCUGAAGAAGAAGAAGUUUCCAGUUGUGUACAUCCAGGAUCCCCAAAACAACCGGGUGUUCCAGUGGAGAGAUGUGGAGUUACCGUUGGGCAUAAUCCAGCUUUCCUAUUCUCUGUCUUCCGAUCCCCUCUUGGGCACCUUCAAAGUGGUGGUAGAGGAAGACUCCGCAAAAGUUGCAGAAUACAGCUUUGAUGUGGACGAAUAUGUUCUGUCCAAAUUUGAGGUUUUCGUGAAGGCCCCGAAGCUCAUCACGGUUAUAACUGAGAAAGUAACAAUCAGAGUGUGUGGCUGGUACACCUAUGGGAAACCUGUGCCUGGCAUGGUGCAAAUGAGGAUCUGCCGAAUGAAUGAUAUUGAUGCAAUGCUGUGUGAAGAAUUUGAAGACGAGGCAGAUGGAGAUGGCUGUUUCUCCAAGGUGGUGAACAUGGAGCCGUUCCACCUGAGCUGGUAUGGAUAUUUGAUGGAGAUCACCGUAGAAGGCAAAAUCACAGAGGAAGGGACAGGAGUGGAGCUGAAUGCCGCAGAAUCCAUUGAGAUCACAUCAACAUUGAGCAAAAUUAUUUUUGAAGACGUUGACCUUUACUAUAAACCUGGCAUACCCUAUGUUGUGAAGGUGAAGCUGGUAGACAGCAACGAGGUACCGAUCAACAAUGGAAAAGUGGAGAUUUUGAUGACGGCAACUGACCAGCGGCUCAGUCAAGUGACGGAUGCUGAGGGAAGAGCUGAAUUCUCCAUAGAAACCACUGAUUUCAGAGGCGACGAUUUGUCUUUUACGGCUACCCAUCAAGAUGAAUCUUCGCAGGCUCUCAAGUACUGGCUUAUACCCAGUCACGGUAGAGCAAGUCACACGUCGUACAAGUUUUAUUCUCCAAGCAAAAGUUACCUAUAUAUUGAGCCUGCAUCAGGGAUAUUAAGCUGCGGCCACCAUGAGCCAGUUCGGGUGCAUUAUAUCCUUAACCGAGAUGGUGAGACAGACGACGAGAUUGUCUUCUAUUACAUGGUCAAGGCUAGGGAUAACAUCAUACGAACAGGGACACACAGGCAACCAGUGGAACAGAGAAAAGAAAUCAAAGGAGACUUCCUUUUGAAUCUCUCGGUGGAUGUCGACACUGCUCCUAAGAUCCACUUGCUCCUCUACACUGUUUUGCCCAGCAGAGAACUCGUUGUUGGCUCGAGAAACUUCACCGUAGAAAAGUGCUUCUCCAACAAGGCCAAACUGUGGUUUUCUGAGCGAGGAGGUCUGCCUGGCCAGAAAACCCAACUCCAUCUUUCAGCCAACCCCGGUUCCCUCUGUGCCAUCCAUGCCGUUGACCAGAGUGUCUUUCUCUUGAAACCUGAAGCCGAGCUCUCCCCUGAGAAGGUUUACAACUUCAUUCCCAAGAAGGACUACAUCUUCCUUACUGACCGCGUAAGGGAUAGAUUCACUUUUUAUCCCUGUCCUAUAGAAGAACCAUCCAGGGGUGAAAGAAUUCGCGGCCUACGGCGUUUUCUCCCUGAAGAUGGGGAUAUUUACAACACAUUCUGGGACUUCGGCGUGAACAUUUUUACCAACACCAGGCUACGCAUCUCAAGUUUCUGCCCUUUCGUUGGUUUUAUGUUCUCCAGAGAAUGGUUCCAACCAGUCCCUGAAGUUGCUUUUGAUGCUGCCACUCCUCAGGUUGAGGCGGCCCCUAAAAGGACACCUCGGCACUUCUUUCCUGAAACGUGGAUAUGGGACCUGGUUAUUAUAAAUGGUUCUCAAAGAAAUAGCCAUUCUCAAGUCCAUAGUUCUAGUAGAAAGAGGGAUGUAUCUGAAGAACCCGAAGAGAUUGCUGUUCCUGUGACCAUCCCGGGCACCAUCACCAAAUGGAAAGCUGGAGCUUUCUGUCUUUCAGCAGACACAGGCUUUGACCUCGCCCAGCCCACAUUUCUGCAGACUUCCAAGGCGUUCUUUAUUAAAUUCACCUUCCCAUACUCUGUGGUGCGAGGAGAAGCCUUCCUACUCAAUGCUACUGUCUCCUCCUACCUGACUUCCUGCAUCCGGGUCAGAAUAUCUCUGACUCCUUCUGAUGACUUUGAGGCAUUUCCGAUGGAGAAGAUGGAGGAUUCCUAUUGUAUCUGUGCAAACGGAAGACAAACGGUGUCAUGGAUGAUCACCCCUAAAAUUCUAGGGGAAAUACACUUCAAAGCAAGCGCAGAGGCCGUGACCUCAAAUCAGCUCUGUGGAAAUGAAGUAGUGGAGGUGCCCAACGUUGGAAACAAAGAAACCGUGAUCAAAUCAUUAUUAGUUGAGCCUGAGGGAAUCGAGAAAGAAGUGGUGUUCAACUCUCUUCUCUGUGCACCAGAAGAACCCAAGUCCAAAUCUUUCUUUCUGAGGUUACCGAAGAAUGCUAUAGAAGGCUCAGCAAGGGCCUCCUUUUGUGUGCUGGGAGACAUUUUAGGAAGAGCGAUAGAGAACCUCGACCAGCUUCUCAAGAUGCCCUCCGGCUGUGGGGAGCAGAACAUGGCCCUCUUUGUCCCCAAUAUCUACAUCCUGAAAUAUCUCAAUAACACUGGACAACUGACAGAGGAGAUCAAAGCCAAGGCCAUCGGACAUAUACAGACUGGCUAUCAAAGGCAAAUGAUCUUCAAGCAUUGCGAUGGUUCUUACAGCGCUUUUGCAAAAAAUAUCUCAGAGGCAGGGAACACCUGGCUGACGGCUUUUGUGCUGAAAUCUUUUGCUCAGGCGAGUUCCAUAAUCUUUGUGGAUGACAAGCACAUCAACGACGCUCAGAAAUUCCUGACACAGCAGCAGGAGGAUAAUGGAUGCUUUCGGAGCACUGGGUAUCUUUUUCACAAGGAACUCCAGGGGGGAGUUGAUGACCUGACUACUCUUUCAACUUACGUCACCAUUGCGUUGCUGGAAGUGCCGCUACCUCCCACUCAUUCCGUGGUGCAAAAUGCUUUAGUUUGCCUGGAGAAAGCAACUGAAGCAAAAGAGAUGCACAUUUAUCUCCGGGCUCUGUUGGCGUAUGCUUUUGCUUUGGCAGGGAAAGAGGAGAAGAGGCAAGAAAUGUUGGACUCCCUUCUAAAAGUAGCUGUGAAGUAUGAGGAUGGCUCUAUCCACUGGGAGAGGUCCUGGAAGCCAAAGCAGAGAUCUGAUUUUCCCUUCUAUUUGCGUGCUCCAUCCUUUGAAGUAGAGGCGACCUCUUACGUGCUCCUUGCUUUCCUGAACAAAAAACCGUCCCCGUCCGAGGAAGAAUUAACGACAGCAACUACCAUUGUCAAAUGGUUGAUCAAACAACAGAAUUCCAAUGGAGGAUACACCUCUACGCAGGAUACAGUGGUGGCUCUCCAGGCCCUCUCCCAAUACAGGACACUUACUUAUUCCAAGGAUGGCAUCGAUGCCAGAGUGACCUUGAGUUCAGGAGAUGCUGUCCUGAGAGAAUUCCAUGUGGACAGGCACAACUCUCUGCUGCUCCAGUGCCAAGAUCUGCCCCAAGUUCCAGGGAACUACAAGACUGAGGUGACCGGUUGCAUCUUUAUGAAGACUGCCUUGAAAUACAAUGUCCCUUUGAGGCAAGAAGAAGCACCAUUUUGGCUGGAGGUGGACACUGUUCCCAAGACUUGCACAGGAGUCAAAGCUCACGUCACUUUUGACAUUGCCAUGAAUGUCAGUUACACUGGCCAACGUCUGGUUUCCAACAUGGCAAUUGUCCAGAUUAAGAUGCUGUCCGGAUACAUCCCGGUGAAAUCCAGUGUAAAAAAGCUGGAAAAGGAAAGUCAGAUCAAGAGGACUGAAGUGAACAUCAAUCAUGUCCUGCUAUACUUGGAUGAGGUACGGGACACAAUCCAGACAUUCUCCUUUACAGUGGAGCAGGAGACACCCGUCCGGGGCCUGAAGCCUGCCUUGGUGAAAGUCUACGAUUAUUAUGAAACUGAUGAAUUUGCUACAGCUGAGUACACUGCCCCCUGCAGUACAGAUGAUAUCAAGGGAGUCUCUAAAGCAUAAGGAUUCAGGCCAUCUUUUCUGGAAUAGCACAUGUUCGGAAAGAAUGAAUUUCCUGGAAACUAAAGAGGAACAUGAUUUUAUAUACGAACGUAUUUUAAAUGCUCAAUACUAAACUGUUUUCAAUAUUUUGACUUUUUGAACUGUAAGCCACCCAGAGUCAUUGACGGACAUGGGUGGCUAUAGAAACUGAAUAAAUAAAUAAUUGUUUUCGGAA